CGGUCAUCAAGUUUGACUCCCUCUUUUCCCGGUGAAGUCGUCACCGAAGUGCAGAAGUUCGUUGGUAUUUGACGCCGUUUGUCGCCGUUUGAGGAAAAAACAUUUCGGCGGGAGGAGAAAUGGCUCUGGACCGGAGCGAUUCUGACCGGGAGUCGGUUGGAGACGUGGAUGGAGACUCGGGGGUCCAUCUCCAGGGGAGGGACGACUUCAGCGCCUCCUGUCCUAAAGAAAUGGCUCUGCUGGCUCUGAUGGAGAAGACGGGGUACAACAUGGUGCAGGAGAACGGUCAGAGGAAGUAUGGAGGACCGCCGCCAGGUUGGGAAGGCCAGCCUCCUCCUCGGGGCUGUGAGGUUUUCGUGGGGAAGAUUCCCAGAGACAUGUACGAAGACCACCUGGUCCCUCUGUUUGAGAGAGCUGGCAAGAUCUACGAGUUCAGGCUGAUGAUGGAGUUCAGCGGAGAGAACCGCGGCUACGCCUUCGUCAUGUACACUAACAGAGAAGCAGCCCAGCGGUCCAUCCAGAUGCUGGACAACUACGAGGUCCGGCCGGGGAAGUUCAUCGGCGUCUGCGUGAGUCUGGACAACUGCCGGCUCUUCGUCGGAUCCAUUCCCAAAGACAAGAAGAAGGACGAGAUCGUGGAGGAGAUGAAGAAGGUGACAGACGGCGUGACGGAUGUGAUCGUGUAUCCGAGCUCCACCGACAAGAGCCGGAAUCGAGGCUUCGCCUUCGUCGAGUACGAAUCGCACAAAGCUGCUGCCAUGGCCAGGAGGAAGCUCAUACCUGGAACCUUCCAGCUGUGGGGCCACUCUAUCCAGGUGGACUGGGCCGAACCAGAGAAAGACGUGGAUGAGGAGGUGAUGCAACGAGUCCGAGUGCUUUAUGUUCGUAACCUGAUGCUGGACACCACGGAGGAGACUCUGCGUCAGGAGUUCUCCUACUUCAAGCCGGGCUCCGUGGAGCGAGUCAAGAAGCUGACCGACUACGCCUUCAUCCACUACCGUUGCCGCAGCGACGCCGUCACCGCGCUCAGCGUCAUGAACGGCGCCCAGAUCGACGGCGCCACCGUGGAGGUGAUGCUGGCCAAGCCGGCGGGCGCCAAGGACGGAGGCGUGGCCGGGAGGAGGUACGGCGGCAGGAGGCACCUGGGGGGAGGAGGGGCAGGAGACGGGAUGUUCCUGCUGGACGGAGGAACCAGAGAAGGAUGUUCUCCUCUGAGGCCCGUCGGACCGCCGCCUCGCCUGGGCAGCCCCUUCUACACAACAGAAGAGCUGGACAGAUGUGUGUUGCCCCUGAUGCCUGGGACUCCUCUGUCUCCCACCACCCUGCUGUCGCUCAAACAGAGUCAGAUCGGUUCCGCCGUCAGCCUGCUGGAGUUCUACUGCCGCAAACAUUACUGGUCACCGCCCGAGUACCACCUGUACGCCACACCUGGACUGGACGGGAAGCUGCUGCUGGUCUACAAGGUGGUGAUGCCGUCCACACGGAGCACCUGGAUGCCCGACAAGCUGUGUGUGCUGCUGGACGACGCCAAGGAGCUGGCUGCCCAGACCGCCCUCUGGAACCUGGACUCGUCCUUCCUGAGUGCAGCUUCCUGUGAAUCUCCCAGCAGCCCUUCCUCUCCUCUGGGCAUGUCUCCGCCGCCGGUCACCAGUCCAGGAGUUCUGACCUGUGGAGGCCGAGCCUUCGCCUCCUGCCUCACCUCUCCUCCUCCUCCAGCUCCGUCUCCAUUCCCCACCCCCUCGCUGCCCACCUCCUCCCAGAUCCAGAGGCUCUACAUCAGCCCGCCGUCGCCUUUUUACUGACGCCGGUGCCGUUGGAGGUCCUGGAGAGUCAGCAGAACUCUGAGGAGGAGGAAGAGCAGGCAGGACCGUCUUUAUUAUUACUAAAUGUUCGCUAUCGCAGUGUUUCUGUAACCCUGGUUUGUGUUUUUAUCUUGGGUUCGAGGUGAGGGAGGAAGAGCGGGACGGUGUUUAACUUCUUCUUCUCCUCUAUCGCCUCCGAUAAACAGAAAAAGAACAAACAGGAGACGACUGUUAAAUGUCACGGCUAACUCCUCGUGUUUUUGUCCCCGUUUGGUUUCAGCUUUCAGGCCGAACAGUUUCUUCCUCUCCUCGGUGAUACUUGAGGUUUGUAAAGGUGUGCAGAGCUACAAUAAGAGCAGAUUUUCCACCACGUUAGAGCCUCUUUUACAUUCCUUUCAUCCCGCCGCUACGACGCUCACCUCUGCAGAAAACGGUUCAUUUAUCUUCUGCAGCCGCUGAUUUAUUUCACCUGAGUCCACCGAGGCACUUUAUGCUCCUCCUGUUGUUGUCUUUUCUCCUUUUUCAUUGAUUGAAACCAGAAACUACCAACUUCAUGUCUCGUUUCUGAAGAUUUGUACAUCUUCAGUCAGUUUCUCGCUACUUUGUAGCUGCUCAGCGUUCAAACACCUUAAAAUCUUUAUUUUACAGCUGUAAUUUACUAACAUUUCACUGUAUAGCAGCUUAAUUCCAACCUGAGUAAAUAUUCUUUCAUUAUUCUGAUAUUUUUGGAAGCUUUUUGCUCCAUAUUGCUGUAAUACUCUUUCAUAGAACAUUGUUUUCUAAAUAUGCAAUUUUUUUUCCAGGAGAAAAAACUACAGAAACUAAAAUGCUUGACUAUUUGAUUUUAAUUAUUUUUGUGGAUUUUUAAGGCAGUUUGGAGCAAAAACAAUUCAAAAAUGUCGAGAAAGAACAGAUUUUAACCAAAUUUAGUCAGUGUCUCACAGUUUUAUACAAUAUUUGUUGCUGUAAAGUGUAAAAAACGGUAAAAUGUUUAUUUUACAGCUGUGAUUUACUAAUUUUUCACUUUUUAGUCGCUUAAUUUCAAUCUGAGUAAAUAUUCCUUCAUUAUUUUUAUAUUUUAAUAAUUUUUUUGCUUCAUAUUGUUUAAAUUCUGAGCUCUCUUUUACAUUUUUCUUCUAUAAAUAUGCAAAAAUUUCAAAUAUGUUUGUGUUUUCAGGAACCAUUUAGACUAAAACUCGAUUAAUUAAUUUUAAAUGAUUAAUUACUUGUUUUUGAGGAUUUUUAAGGCAAUUAGAAGCAAAAAAACUAUUAAAAAUGAAAAAGAGAAAAAGCAGAUUUAACCACAUUCAGUUUCUGACAGUUUUAUACAGUAUUUGUAGCUGCAAAGUGUAGAAAACACAUUAAAGCAUUUAUAAUUUACUCAUA